GAAAUGAUGAUGAUGAUGAUGAUGGAUGUAAAUUUGAAAAAAUUUAUCGAAUUUCUUUAUGAACAAAAACGUAAAAAAUUUUCUACAAUAUUUUGUACGGAAAAAAUCAAUAUAAAUGAAUAUCCAGUACGAUCAAUUUGUAUUGGUUGUCGAUUAUCAAUAAUUCAAAUGAAAAAUUUAUCAUUUCUGAAUAUAACAAGAUCAGUAAUUGCUAUCGAUUGUCAUGAACACAUUGUCAAUGUUUAUAAAUUAGCCAAUGUUCGCAGUGUAAUGAUGGAAAAAAUUAAUAUUGAUUUUCAAAUGUAUUUACAAUAUAUUUUGAAAUGUAUUGAUGAAAUAUCCAAAUGUAUAUCGGAUUAUGGUAUAAAAUUAUCAUUAUUACCAUUGGAAACAAUUGGUUAUAAAUUAUUUAAACCAAAAUUAUUACCCGAUAAUAAUUAUGAUGAUGAUCAUAAUAAUCAUAAACCAUUCUAUUUGAUACCACCAAAAUCAUUAUCAUGGGCAUUAUUCAUAUUGGAUGAAAAUUAUAAUUCAUUUAAAAUGGAAAAAUUUAAACAAUUUUUUUCAAAACGUUCAAAAUUCUAUGGUAUUAAUCUAAAAGAAUGUUUUAUUUCAACAUUUGUUCAAGUGAAAAAUGUAUCCGAAAUUGAUGCUAUUUUUUCCAAUUUGAAAACAUUUCAAAUUGAUUUCGUUAUUUUUGGCAUUUCACAUGGAAGUAAACUUGGUGAUGUUGAAAUUUAUGAAUUAAUCAAAUAUUAUGGUAAUACUAUUUAUGGUAUUGCAAAUCAAGUUUUUCGUACGGAUAAUCAUUCGGAUAAUAAUCAAUAUAUGGAUAGUUUAGUAAUGAAAACUUGUUUGAGAAUUGGUGGCCAACCAAAUAUCGUACAUCCACAUCAUUGGAAUCGUUUUCCAUUGAAUACAAAUACAACAAUGAUUGUUGGCAUCAAUGAAUUUGCUCAACAUUUUCAUCAAAUUAAAUUAAUUUUUCAUUCAUUAAUCGGUACUGUGGAUGAUAUAUUUACAAGUUAUAUAUCUAUAAAUAAAAUAUCAUUAGAUUAUAAUGAUAAUAUUUAUGAACAAAUGUUUGAAGAUUUAUUGGAUAAAUAUUAUGAGAAAAAUAAUUAUCAUCCCCGAACUGUGAUUAUAUUUCAAAAUUUUCCAAUUGGUGAUUUUAAAAAAGUUUUAACAACCAAAUCAUUGGCUGAUGUUCGAUUAACCAUUAUUUACGUGAAUAAAUUUACAUCCACAUAUUUUUUACCGCCAAUCAUUGAUGAUAACGACAACAACAACAAUGGUAUCAGUGUUAAUAUGAAUUUUUUAUAUCCCGAAACUGAUGAUAAUGAAUUGAAAGAAUUUAUUAUCAAUAUUGUACCACCAACAUUUGAAUAUAAUAAUCAAUGGCAAAAUCAACAUUGUUGUUGUUGGAAACCAUGUCAUUAUACAAUAUUUUUCGAUGAUUGUAAUUUUACUAUUGAACAAUUACAGGAAUUUUGUUUUACAAUGUGUCAUUAUUAUUAUAAUAAUUUUUAUACAAGUUUUUUACCUGUACCAAUGGAAUAUGCUUUGAAAUUUGCACGUGAUGCUUGUUCAAGAUUUGCUGCAUUGAUUGUUGAUCAAAAAUUUUCAUUUACCAAAUCAAUCGAUGAAUUGAUUGAAUAUUUUCAUCAAAAUGUUAAAAUUCAUGAUAAUCUUGAAUAUUCAAUAUUUUGAAUAACAUUUGUUUUCUUUAUAAAAAAUCAACUAAUAAUUCCAUAAAAUUAACUAUUUUUUAAAUAAAAACAUUGACACAUUUAUAACGACCAUAAUUGUGUGCGUUUAUUAUAUUCAGGAUGAUGAU